AGCUAAUAUUUGUUUUACCUAAUUGAUUUUUUAUUUGUUUUGCUCUUAAAAAGCUGGAUUUCGCGUUUGUACGUUCUGGUAUAACAAUAAUUUCAUGUGGCGUGUUCUACGGCACUCUACCGUUUUAAAUUGCGAAUGCGAAAAGAAAACACGAUGGAGUAGAACACGAGGGAACAUAAUUGAAAUUGAAAGUAAACGCUACCGCCAUCUGAUCGCUUGAGGUUGCAUUUUCUUGAAAGUCUAACGUGAUUGUUGUUACGAUCAACUCUGAUAGACAUUUUUGCAAGAAAAAUUAAUAAACAUGAAAUUGAUGUCAAUAUUAUUUCGCAACGCGAGACAACCACAGAAUGAAAAGAAGGUGCCUUUUAAAGAAAUUAUGCCAUUAAAAUUAAAGGCUUAUGUGAGCGCGAAGAAUCAGAGGGUAAAAGAUAAGGGAUGUUUAUUACAAAUGACUUUACUUUUGACGUGUCUUGAAGAAAAUGAGUUUGAGGACACUAGAUGUACCCCAGAAUUAAAAGCAUUGAAUCAGUGCUUCCAGGUUUAUCAAAGUAAUCAAGAACGUAUAUAUUCACAGCAAGAAAAACUACCUGUGCCUAACAGUAAGAACUUCUCGCAAAAGCAGAUAACAAAUCUUUUACGAAAAUAUCCUACAGUAUAGUGCUUUUCUUAUUGUAGAGCUACAUCAAUGCAUUAAUAUAUUGUAAAACAAUUUAUUAUCA